AGCCUUCCCGGGCAGGGGGAUCCUGGCCUGACGCUCCCCGCUCCCUGCCCCCGCCCUGGGUCUCUGGGGUCAGCAGAGCCACCCAGUGCACUGCGUUUAGGCAUGCCCACAUGGAGAGAGGCGACCACAGCGGUGAUCAUAAGCCCAUGGUGGGCAGAGGCCCUAUGGAGCCAAGGGCUCCGGCCGCCACCCCCGCUCCGCCACCAGCAGCGCUGCCAGGACUCGCUCUUCCUCCUCCUCCUCACACGCCGGCUCGGAUGAUCUCCUGCCAUGACUCAGCGCUUCUCGCAGGCUGCCGUGCUGGGGACACCGGCUUCGCUCGGGCCCCUCCCGACGCGUCCACCCCCUCUCGCCACCCACGCCCGCCCCCAGCCGCUGGGCCUUUCCCAGUGCGGCCGCCGCCGCCACAGCUGCAGUCAGCACCGUCACCCCAGCAGCAUCCGCCGCCUGCACCGUGCGUGCGGCCCGCCCCGGCCUGACCCCGCCGCCGAACCCGGCGCCAGCCAUGGAGCCCGAAGCCCCCCGUCGCAGCCACACCCAUCAGCGCGGCUACCUGCUGACACGGAACCCUCACCUCAACAAGGACUUGGCCUUUACCCUGGAAGAGAGACAGCAAUUGAACAUUCAUGGAUUGUUGCCACCUUCCUUCAACAGUCAGGAGAUCCAGGUUCUUAGAGUAGUAAAAAAUUUCGAGCAUCUGAACUCUGACUUUGACAGGUAUCUUCUCUUAAUGGAUCUCCAAGAUAGAAAUGAAAAACUCUUUUAUAGAGUGCUGACAUCUGACAUUGAGAAAUUCAUGCCUAUUGUUUAUACUCCCACUGUGGGUCUGGCUUGCCAACAAUAUAGUUUGGUGUUUCGGAAGCCAAGAGGUCUCUUUAUUAGUAUCCAUGAUCGAGGGCAUAUUGCUUCAGUUCUCAAUGCAUGGCCAGAAGAUGUCAUCAAGGCCAUUGUGGUGACUGAUGGAGAGCGUAUUCUUGGCUUGGGAGACCUUGGCUGUAAUGGAAUGGGCAUCCCUGUGGGUAAAUUGGCUCUAUAUACAGCUUGCGGAGGGAUGAAUCCUCAAGAAUGUCUGCCUGUCAUUCUGGAUGUGGGAACCGAAAAUGAGGAGUUACUUAAAGAUCCACUCUACAUUGGACUACGGCAGAGAAGAGUAAGAGGUUCUGAAUAUGAUGAUUUUUUGGACGAAUUCAUGGAGGCAGUUUCUUCCAAGUAUGGCAUGAAUUGCCUUAUUCAGUUUGAAGAUUUUGCCAAUGUGAAUGCAUUUCGUCUCCUGAACAAGUAUCGAAACCAGUAUUGCACAUUCAAUGAUGAUAUUCAAGGAACAGCAUCUGUUGCAGUUGCAGGUCUCCUUGCAGCUCUUCGAAUAACCAAGAACAAACUGUCUGAUCAAACAAUACUAUUCCAAGGAGCUGGAGAGGCUGCCCUAGGGAUUGCACACCUGAUUGUGAUGGCCUUGGAAAAAGAAGGUUUACCAAAAGAGAAAGCCAUCAAAAAGAUAUGGCUGGUUGAUUCAAAAGGAUUAAUAGUUAAGGGACGUGCUUCCUUAACACAAGAGAAAGAGAAGUUUGCCCACGAACAUGAAGAAAUGAAGAACCUAGAAGCCAUUGUUCAAGAAAUAAAACCAACUGCCCUCAUAGGAGUUGCUGCAAUUGGUGGUGCAUUCUCAGAACAAAUUCUCAAAGAUAUGGCUGCCUUCAAUGAACGGCCUAUUAUUUUUGCUUUGAGUAAUCCAACUAGCAAAGCAGAAUGUUCUGCAGAGCAGUGCUACAAAAUAACCAAGGGACGUGCAAUUUUUGCCAGUGGCAGUCCUUUUGAUCCAGUCACUCUUCCAAAUGGACAGACCCUAUAUCCUGGCCAAGGCAACAAUUCCUAUGUGUUCCCUGGAGUUGCUCUUGGUGUUGUGGCGUGUGGAUUGAGGCAGAUCACAGAUAAUAUUUUCCUCACUACUGCUGAGGUUAUAGCUCAGCAAGUGUCAGAUAAACACUUGGAAGAGGGUCGGCUUUAUCCUCCUUUGAAUACCAUUAGAGAUGUUUCUCUGAAAAUUGCAGAAAAGAUUGUGAAAGAUGCAUACCAAGAAAAGACAGCCACAGUUUAUCCUGAACCGCAAAACAAAGAAGCAUUUGUCCGCUCCCAGAUGUAUAGUACUGAUUAUGACCAGAUUCUACCUGAUUGUUAUUCUUGGCCUGAAGAGGUGCAGAAAAUACAGACCAAAGUUGACCAGUAGGAUAAUAGCAAACAUUUCUAACUCUAUUAAUGAGGUCUUUAAACCUUUCAUAAUUUUUAAAGGUUGGAAUCUUUUAUAAUGAUUCAUAAGACACUUAGAUUAAGAUUUUACUUUAACAGUCUAAAAAUUGAUAGAAGAAUAUCGAUAUAAAUUGGGAUAAACAUCACAUGAGACAAUUUUGCUUCACUUUGCCUUCUGGUUAUUUAUGGUUUCUGUCUGAAUUAUUCUGCCUACGUUCUCUUUAAAAGCUGUUGUACCUACUACUGAGAAACUCAUCAUUUUUAUACAGGACACUAAUGGGAAGACCAAAAUUACUAAUAAAUUGACAUAACCAACAUUAAAACUCA